AUUGGUCCUCAGCCGUAUCCGGUGGGGCAGCGGUCCAGAGCUCGGGAAAAAAAAAAUCGAAGCGAGGAGGAGGCUCUGGUAACGGUACGCUUCGAGAAAAUACCCUACAUCCCGAGUCGCUGUCGGAAGGCUCGGCAGGAAUUUACAGUUUCUUCACAAAGGUUAGAGGUCACAGAGCAGGGUUGCGGUUAUCGUCAUGGCAUCUGGAAGUACGAGCAGCGAGGAGGAGCGGAGCCUGAGGGAGUGCGAGCAGUACGUGCAGAAACAUAACAUUCAACAGCUGCUCAAGGACUGCAUUGUCCAGUUGUGCACCUCCAGGCCAGAGAGGCCCAUGGGCUUCCUCAGGGAGUACUUCGAGAGGCUGGAGAAGGAGGAGGCCAAGCAGAUUCAGAACCAGCAGAAGGCCAGCAGUUCACGCUCAGACUCCCGCGAUGAGGAGGUGUCUCCCCCCAUGAACCCCGUGGUGAAGGGCCGCCGGCGGAGAGGAGCGUUCAGCGCAGAGGUCUACACAGAGGAGGACGCCGCCUCGUACGUCCGGAAGGUCAUUCCAAAAGACUACAAAACCAUGGCUGCCUUGGCCAAAGCCAUCGAAAAGAACGUGCUCUUCUCACACCUGGACGACAAUGAGAGGAGUGACAUAUUCGAUGCCAUGUUUCCAGUCACCUACAUCGCAGGGGAGACGGUUAUUCUGCAGGGUGACGAAGGUGACAAUUUCUAUGUUAUCGACCAAGGAGAGAUGGAUGUGUAUGUGAACAACGAAUGGGUGACCAGCAUUGGGGAGGGAGGCAGCUUUGGAGAGCUGGCGCUGAUCUAUGGCACCCCGAGGGCCGCCACCGUCAGAGCCAAGACCAACGUCAAACUGUGGGGCAUCGACAGAGACAGCUACAGGAGAAUACUCAUGGGAAGCACUUUGAGAAAGAGGAAGAUGUACGAGGAAUUCCUCAGGAAAGUGUCCAUUUUAGAGUCUCUGGACAAAUGGGAGCGUCUGACGGUGGCCGACGCCCUGGAGCCCGUCCAGUUUGAGGACGGCCAGAAGAUCGUGGUGCAGGGAGAGCCCGGGGACGAGUUCUUCAUCAUCCUGGAGGGUUCUGCGGCCGUGUUGCAGCGCCGCUCGGAGAACGAGGAGUUUGUGGAAGUGGGGAGAUUAGGACCAUCAGACUACUUUGGCGAGAUCGCCCUGCUGAUGAACCGCCCCCGCGCCGCCACCGUGGUCGCCCGCGGCCCCCUCAAGUGCGUCAAGCUGGACCGGCCCCGCUUCGAGCGCGUCCUGGGCCCCUGCUCGGACAUCCUGAAACGCAACAUCCAACAGUACAACAGCUUCGUGUCGCUGUCCGUGUGAGGGAGCGCCCCUCCCCCUCCCCCUCCCCCUCCCCUCCCCUCCCCCUCCCCCUCCUUUCAGACCCAGGGUCCACCAAUGCAAUUUUGCUUUUUGUCACAUUUUGUCUCUAUUCUGUUCGCUUGUCCCCCCCCCUUUCCCUAAAACACUCUUUAUUUUACACACACUUACACUUAUACACGCACACUUACACACACACACACACACACACACACACACACAGGUCAUUUUGUUAUCACCGGUCACGUAGGAGUGACUUUUAGCCAUUCACCAGCGCUUGUACCAGCUGCUGUUCGCUUCCUCGUAGGCACAGUUACACCGCCCGUUACUUACGUUCCCUACCUUUCUGCUGACUGCUGAUUUCUUUCUUUCCUUUAUUUUACUUUUUAAAAAAAACACAAAGCAGGAUAUCUGAAGGACUCGAGCGUCUCCGAGCGACGAGACAGACAAUCAGACUUUACGUGAGGCUUUUUCGGUGAAUCCGUUGCGGAUGUUUCAGCUGCGGAUGGUUUCAGCCGGAUUGAUCAGGCAGAGCGGAGCGGGUUUAGCUUCCGUUCGGCGGCGGGUGUGUCGAGACCGGCGCGUCUGUUCUGCUUCAUUUCAGAGAGCUUGAGGUUGUUUUUCUUUCAGUUUCAUUUUUUUUUUUUUUUUAAUUGUGCAGCUACCAGGCUAGUGCCAAAUGUUGAUUAUCGCCACAAGGCUAAAGACGCAUAGCCGUGGACACGCUAUCUGGAGCUCCAACAGAACGUAGUUAUUCCUGUCCUCCUAUCGAUAGAACGACCGUACAAGAACUGCCUUGACUACUCUGAAGAAAAAAAAAAUAAUAAUAAAAAGGAAAAAAAGUAUUAAGUGUAUUUCAGUAUUCAGUUUAUUUAGUAUAUACCAAAUAACUUGGUCACUCUUCUGCUAUGGUUUGUAAUCAAAAUGUUAUCAUAGUAUAGUUAAAAUAAUCAUAGUUCUAUUAUUAUCAUUGACUAAAUGAUAAACUUAUUGGUUUGGAGUGAUGGUGAUCUUUAAAAAAAAAUACAACAAAACUAUGUUUAACUGUCUUUUGUAAGCACUUAUUUUUCCAUAAAUUCUAUUUUAGGUGUCCAGUGCCACAAAGUAAAUAAAUGCUUCUUCGAAACAGUAUGUAAUCGUAUUGUGUAAAAUGUCACGGGCUCAAACUUUUUACAAACCGAGGAGGAGGAGGAAGAGGAGGAGGAGGGGGAGGAAGGGGGUCACAGCUUCCUGCGAACUGAUGGAAAGAGAGAAAUUAAAAAAAAAAAAAACUGAACCAAGCGAGAGGUUCCUGGGUUUCCUGAAGUAUUGGUGUGUGACGGCUGCACCGGGCGAGCCGACAGCGGGCCAAGCGAGAGAGAGAGAGAGAGAGCGAGCGAGCGGAUAUUUAUUUGAAACUAGUGUCAUUUUGCUUCUUGCCUGUUUGAGCGAGGUGGCCGUCUCUUCAUCAGAGUAGCUUGUGACCUGUUCUCUAUGCUUACUUGGCAUGAUGUUUUAGGCAACCAGUGAACUGGUAUGAAUGGAAGCGUGUUUUAAAAAAUAAUAAAAAAAAAAAAAAAGAUUAAAAAAAAAGAGCAGAGAAGAAAACCCUGCAUCCUGCUGCAGAAGCAGGAGCUUUGUCAGAUAUCUGGUUUGUUACUCCCCAGCUUAACUGCUUCACCGAUAUUUAGAUAGAUGGCAUAAAAUUGUUACGUCCUCCUUUUUUCUUUUUUUUUUUUUAUUUGAUCUUCGUUCUUUUUUUUAAACGAUCUUUACCAAAACCACGCCGUGGAUUUCUGGAUUAUGGGCUGAACUCUUCAUUCCCGCCUCACUCGUGUGUCACCAGAGCCGGCCUCCAGCCGGUCGGGUUUCCGUUGCUCGCCUCAUUCGAAGGGAGGUGUGUGUUCGUCACGAUGUCCUGAGUGCUGAUUUAAGAAGAAACGAGUGAAUGUUUUCCUCACACUGACCCCCUGCACCCCCCCCUCCAUCCCCACCUCCAGCCCAUCCACACCUGCGAGGGAGGAGACGCCGCCGUUAAAGGGUGGACGUCCUCGCCUCUGGUUUUUUUUUUUUUUUUUUUGGUCAGAAUCUAGUUUUGGUGUAAAUAGCUGCGUCAUCGGUUUUAGUCCCAACGCGUUUCUAGCCACACUGCAGUCGUCCCGGUUUGCCUUAGCUUACCUAAACCUGGGCUUACAGUAGUCGUCAGUCACUCCUGCUCGCCCGACCUUCAGUGAGUUUGCUGGGCCUGCGGCGCCGAGGAGCCGCCGCGAGCCGCCAAGAGGACCAUUCUUUUUCUAUUCUACCCUGUAUUUAGUUUGACCUCCUGUAUGUGCAAAAGAUGUUUAUCCUUUUGGUAUAGAUUGUUCCAGAUGGCAGUUUAAGCAAUAAAAAAGU